GAGAGAGAGAGAGCGCGCGCAAGAUCUGAUCUGAUCCAUCCCCCGGCAGCAGGUGUGAGCGAGAGAGAGCAAACAAUGCAGCGAACGCAGUGGCAGCUGCUUCUGCCGCUGGCUCUAGCGGUGGUGGCGGCGGCGUCGACUUUGGCGCAGGCGCAGAAUAUAGAUGCCGAUUGCAGUUUUCCCGGGUCUCCGGCGCACAGCAGCGUGGUCUUCUCGAAUGCGAAUCUCACCCAGGGCACGGUGGCCUCCUAUAGCUGUGAGCGUGGCUUUGAGCUCCUAGGACCGGCCAGACGGGUCUGCGACAAGGGGCAGUGGGUGCCCGAGGGCAUCCCCUUCUGCGUUCUCAAUGUGGCCGCCGGCAAGGCUCCCAUGCAGAUAUCUACAGAGGGCGCCGGCGCACCCCAGAAGGCCAUCGAUGGCUCCACGUCAGCGUUCUUCACGCCGGAAACCUGCUCGCUGACCAAAUCGGAGCGCUCCCCCUGGUGGUAUGUGAACCUCCUGGAGCCCUACAUGGUGCAGCUGGUGCGUCUGGACUUUGGCAAAUCCUGUUGCGGCAACAAGCCGGCCACCAUUGUGGUGCGUGUGGGCAACAAUCGGCCGGAUCUGGGGACGAACCCGAUCUGUAAUCGGUUCACUGGCCUGCUGGAGGCCGGCCAGCCGCUGUUCCUGCCCUGCAAUCCACCCAUGCCGGGCGCCUUUGUCAGCGUUCAUCUGGAGAACAGCACGCCCAAUCCGCUGUCCAUUUGCGAGGCGUUCGUCUACACGGACCAGGCCCUGCCCAUCGAGCGGUGUCCCACAUUCCGGGACCAGCCGCCGGGCGCCCUGGCCUCCUACAACGGCAAAUGCUACAUCUUCUACAACCGCCAGCCGCUGAACUUCCUGGACGCGCUCUCCUUCUGCCGCUCGCGCGGCGGCACCCUCAUCAGCGAGAGCAAUCCGGCCCUCCAGGGCUUCAUCAGCUGGGAGCUGUGGCGGCGCCAUCGCAGCGACGUCAGCUCCCAGUACUGGAUGGGGGCGGUGCGCGACGGCAGCGACCGCAGCAGCUGGAAGUGGGUCAACGGCGACGAGCUGACCGUCUCCUUUUGGAGCCACCCCGGCGGCGAUGAGGACUGCGCCCGCUUCGACGGCUCCAAGGGCUGGCUUUGGAGCGACACCAACUGCAACACGCUGCUGAACUUCAUCUGCCAGCAUCAGCCGAAGACCUGCGGCCGCCCCGAGCAGCCGCCCAACUCCACGAUGGUGGCCCUCAACGGCUUCGAGGUGGGCGCCCAGAUCAAGUACAGCUGCGAUUCGAACCACCUGCUUGUGGGUCCGGCCACCCGCACCUGUCUGGAGACGGGCUUCUACAACGAGUUUCCGCCAGUGUGCAAGUAUAUCGAAUGUGGACUGCCGGCAAGCAUCGCCCAUGGCUCCUAUGGCCUGCUGAACAGCACCGUGGGCUACCUGAGUCUGGUCAAGUACUCCUGCGAGGAGGGCUACGAGAUGAUUGGGAGAGCUCUGCUCACAUGCGACUUUGAUGAGCGCUGGAACGGACCACCGCCCCGCUGUGAGAUUGUGGAGUGUGACACGCUGCCAGGGAACUACUACAACACCAUCAUCCACGCACCGAAUGGCACCUACUUCGGCUCAAAGGCGGAGAUCAGCUGUCCGCAGGGAUACCGCAUGGAGGGACCGCGUCAGCUUAGCUGCCUGGCCAGUGGCCAGUGGAGCAGCGCUCUGCCGCGCUGCAUCAAGCUGGAGCCCUUGACACAGCCCACGGCGGCCCCGACAUCUCCCUCGUCGGUGGCCACACCGCCACCCUUCAAGCCCAAGAUCAGCUCCACCACCAGUAGGACGCCCUACCGCCCUGCCUCCACAUCCAGCACGAACGGAGCCAGCAGCUCCAGCUCCAGCACAGUGGCCACCUACCCAAGCAUCAGCCCCACCCAAGUGGAGAUCAACGGAGAAUCCGCAGCCGAUUCCGAGGAGGAUGUCAAUGUGCCUGUUCCGGGCACUGUGCGCGAGGAGUUCCCACCGCGACGCACCGUUCGACCCGUGCUCAUUCCCAAGAAGCCGAACAGCACACCUGCCUAUGCUGCACCACCUGCACCGGCACCCACCACCCAGCACGCGCUGCCGCUGCCACCCUCCACCUACGCCCCCACGCCACCGCGCAGCCGACCCAGUGUGGCCAGUGUGCCCGCCCAGGUGGAGACGACCACACGCAACACGCAGCAGAUCAUCCAGAACUCGCAUCCGCAGGACAACGAGAUUCCCGACAGCGUCAACAUCCAGCAGAAUCAGUCGCCCAAUGUCAACGUGCCAUUCGCCGUCGACAACCCCGACCGCAAGGAGACCAAGGAGGCGAAGCUCAAUCUGGGCGCCAUUGUGGCUCUGGGUGCGUUCGGUGGCUUCGUCUUCCUGGCCGCCGUCAUCACGACGAUUGUGAUUCUCGUGCGAAGAAAUAGAACCACGCAACAUUACCGCCAUCGCGCCUCUCCCGACUGCAACACGGUUGCCAGCUUCGACAGCUCCACCUCCGGCUCUCGCAAUGGACUCAACAGGUACUACCGCCAGGCCUGGGAGAACUUGCACGAGUCCGCCUCUAAGAACAGCUCGCACAAUGCUCUGCGCCGCAAGGAGACCCUCGACCCGCCCAGCAUGACCCGCUCCCGUGACAAUCUGCGCGACAAUAUGCAGCGAUCCCGCGAGAAUCUCGACAGCAGAUGCGGCCGCGACAACUACGGAAUGCGCGACGACUCCGAGAUGGUUGUGUCGGACGUGUGCCUGAAGGGGGAGAAGAAGCGCCACCACCACCACCACCAUAAGAGCAGCUCUCGCAAUGGUGACUAUCGUGACCGGGAUCAGUCGUCCGGCAGGCGUGAGCACCACAGGCACAGCGGUGCUGGUGGCGGCGGUGCCGGCGCAGGAGGCGGAGGCGGUGGUGGCGGCCACUAUUGACCAACCAUGGUCAUCACCAUAAAUGUGGAGCGGCAAUUGCAAUCGAUCGAAGAUGAAGAUGAGUCUGAAUCUAAAUCAGAUUCUGAAGCUGGAGCUGGAUAUGGAGCUGGAGCUGGAGCGAGCGCAACAACGAAACGUUUUUUUGUUUAAUUUUAGCAAGUUUUUUUUUCGCGCUUUAGUUUUAUAAGCGAUCGCCCUAUAUCUGAUAUGGAGAUUGAAGAUCGGAAAUUGGAGAUCGGAAAACGGAGAUCGGAGGAACCUUACAGUUCAUAGCGAAAACAUGUUAGACAAACAGAGAGAGCAAGAGACCCAUAAUCUUGCAAGUCAAUACUUAUAUGCAUAUACAUAUACAUAUACAUAUAUGUAGCUACAAUAUAUGGGCAUAUGUAUGUCUAUAUAUAUAUUUAUAAUAUGUGCACUCGUGCUUAGAUUUUUUCCGAACAAACCGACCUUACUCGUAUAAUUUAUUCGCAAAGCUUUCUUAAGAUUUUUAGUUAAAUUUUUCUUUAUGAAUUAGUUGUAUGUAAUGAGCGUGAGGAGGGCCGGCGAGGCAUAGACGUAGGCGCAGGCGUGGUUUGUCUGUUAGUUAUUAGAUGAAAUGCAAGAACCAUCACCAUCCCCAAUCAACACAAAAACACACUCCUCCUACACCCACACCCAGCAAGUGGCAGGACACAGCUGCAGCCAAAUUAUGAGUAACUUGGUUUAGCUUGAGGUGAUCGAUACCCAGUCCGGCUGGCAGCUUCCCCAAGCCAAAUCGACUUGCUCAUAGUCGCAUUUUAGUUACGUAAACUUAUACUAGAUACAAUGGAUCCACAGUCCACGCGCAGAACCCACAAACCCCACAAAAAUCGGCAGUAGCUGCGGCAGGCAGAGGCAGCAAGCACGAGCGAACGAUGAAUUAUUUUAUAGUGCGCGUUCCACCGAAUGUACUCUGCGAUUCUGCACAGAUCCGACAGUAAUACCCUCACGGCUGCACCAUUCCAGUUUUUUUUUACUCUUAUAUAUAUAUAUGUAUAUAAAUAUAUAUAUCUGUACUCUAUAUAUCACCCUGUAUUUGUAUUUCUAGAGUCGUAUAUUAAUUGUAGAUGUUUGUUUUCGAGUGUGUAGAAGAACAAGGCAGAGUGCUCUUCAGUGCUAACUGCCGCAACGUAUGCAAUAUUAUUUGAAUUUCGUGCAUUAUCUCCAAUGUAAAUAAUAAUAAUUUAUUUCAUAAAUAAAA